AAUAUGGAUAGAGAAGGGGAGAGAUCACGGAGAGAAAGGGAGGGUAGAGAGGGGACGCCGGUUGUAUAUAAAUACACCCCUGACGGAACUGAAGCCUGAGCGAGCUGGUGUGCUAACUAAAGCAUCCCCUGCACUGCCUGAGACAGACCGGAGCCUAAGAAAGCUGACAUCAUGUGUGACGAUGAAGAGGUUACCGCACUUGUGUGCGACAAUGGCUCCGGGCUUGUGAAAGCUGGAUUUGCUGGAGACGAUGCCCCAAGAGCAGUAUUUCCAUCUAUAGUUGGACGCCCCCGCCAUCAGGGUGUCAUGGUAGGUAUGGGUCAGAAAGACUCCUAUGUAGGUGAUGAAGCCCAGAGCAAGAGAGGUAUUUUGACUCUGAAGUAUCCAAUUGAACAUGGCAUUAUCACCAACUGGGAUGAUAUGGAGAAGAUCUGGCAUCACACCUUUUACAAUGAAUUGCGUGUAGCUCCAGAGGAGCACCCUACCCUGCUUACUGAGGCUCCCCUGAAUCCUAAGGCCAAUCGUGAGAAAAUGACCCAAAUUAUGUUUGAGACCUUCAACGUCCCAGCUAUGUAUGUGGCCAUUCAGGCAGUGCUCUCCUUAUAUGCCUCUGGUCGUACCACCGGUAUUGUUCUUGACUCUGGUGAUGGUGUAACACACAACGUACCAAUUUAUGAAGGUUACGCCUUGCCCCAUGCCAUCAUGCGUCUUGACUUGGCUGGUCGUGACUUAACUGACUACCUGAUGAAGAUCCUGACAGAACGUGGCUAUUCUUUUGUCACUACUGCUGAACGUGAAAUUGUCCGUGAUAUCAAGGAAAAGUUGUGCUAUGUGGCUCUGGACUUUGAGAAUGAGAUGGCAACAGCUGCCUCAUCCUCCUCUCUGGAAAAAAGCUAUGAAUUGCCUGAUGGCCAGGUUAUCACCAUUGGUAAUGAACGUUUCCGUUGCCCAGAAACCCUCUUCCAGCCUUCUUUUAUUGGUAUGGAAUCUGCUGGUAUUCAUGAGACAACUUACAACAGCAUCAUGAAGUGUGAUAUUGACAUCAGAAAGGAUCUGUAUGCCAACAAUGUCAUGUCUGGUGGUACCACCAUGUACCCAGGUAUUGCUGACCGUAUGCAGAAAGAAAUCACAGCCCUUGCACCUAGCACAAUGAAGAUCAAGAUCAUUGCUCCACCUGAGCGUAAGUACUCUGUCUGGAUUGGAGGCUCCAUCUUGGCUUCUCUUUCUACCUUCCAACAGAUGUGGAUCACAAAACAGGAAUAUGAUGAGGCUGGCCCAUCCAUUGUCCAUCGCAAAUGCUUUUAAAUCUGCUCAGUUGGUUUUGUCUUUUACAGCUAUUCUCAGGUUGAUAAUGCUCUUUGCCACGGGCUGUUUGUAAUCUACCAACACCACCAACUCCACCAAUUUCUUAUGUUCCUGCCUCUCAUUUAAUGUGACUCAAAUUAAUAUGUAAAGUGUACAUAACUUGUAAUUUAUUUUAAAGAUGUUUUGUAACUUCUAAAACACUGAGACAAAUUAAGCAACAUGCAAACUUCAAGAAAUAAUAAAUGAGUCAUAUAAUGCCCUA